AUGUCACUCUCAUGGGAGCUCCAGGCACAAAAGGCCAAGGACAUUCUCCAACAGUCAAUCCCCAAACAAUGGCUCAUCCCCGCACAUAAGCUACCCUCGGCCGACCUGAAAAAUGUGGAGGACUUUCCCCGCAAAAGCGGCCUUCUCUCGGCGAGAGAGCUUGGUAUAACCGACAUGUCUGCCGCUACCCUCGUGCAGAACAUGGGGGCAGGAAAGCUCACGGCAGAGGAGGUGGUCGUGGCUUUCCUCAAGCGAGCCGUAUUGGGCCAUCAGCUGCUCAACUUUGCUACAGAGUUCCUAACCGACCGAGCAAUAGGGCGAGCCAAGGAACUAGAUGAGUAUUACAGGCGAACCGGAAAGCUAGUUGGGCCUUUGCACGGUGUCCCGAUAAGCGUCAAAGAGCAUGUUGGAGUCAAGGGCCGUACGUGUAAUGCCGGCUAUGUAGCCUGGGUGGACGACAUUGCAACAGAAGACGCCCUCAUACUACAAUGUCUCGAAAAGGCAGGCGCCGUCUUCCACGUACGAACCAACCAGCCACAAUCUCUCAUGCACCUCUGCUGCAGCAAUAACCUCACCGGAACGACGCUAAACCCUUACAACCGCACGCUCAGUGCCGGUGGUUCCUCAGGUGGUGAAGGCGCUUCGACCGGCUUCAAAUGCGCUCCCCUAGGUAUCGGCACAGACAUUGGAGGCUCAAUCCGAUGCCCCGCUGCAUUCUGUGGCUCCUAUGGAUUCCGUCCAACAGCCCUUCGCAACCCAUUAUCAGGUGCAAAGGCACCCAAGGAAGGCCACGAAUCCAUCCGCGGCGUAAUCGGACCUCUCGCCAGCCAGAGCGUGGAAGACAUGGACAUCUUCCAGCAGGCCAUCCUCGACCAAGAGCCAUGGGAUAUCGAGACGUCCUUAGUCCCCGUCCCAUGGAAAAGAGCCAAACCCACCAAAACAAUGACCGUAGCCAUCAUGUGGGACGAUGGCGUCGUCCGCCCUCACCCCCCAAUAACCCGGGCCCUCAAGCACGCCAAAUCCAAGCUCCAAGCCGCCGGCAUCAAAGUCAUCGACUGGGAACCAUACAAGCACAAGCACGGCUGGGACAUCAUCUCGGCAAUGUACUUCCCCGACGGCGCCCUCAGCCAGCGCAAACUCAUCGCCCAAACAGGCGAACCAAUCCUCCCCUUAACAGCCUGGGCCUUCGACUACAGCAGUCCCACCCCCCUAACUAUGGCCGAAUCCUGGACCCUCAAUGUCCAGCGCGACGUAUACAGAGACGAAUACCACGCGCUGAUGAAAUCCCGAGGCGUGGACUUCAUCCUCUGUCCCGUAUACGCGGGCGUCGCUUCUGUUCUCGGUGAAUCCCACUACUGGAACUACACCGCGGUGUGGAACAUUCUCGACCAGCCGGCCGUGGUAUUCCCAUCUGGGUUGAGCGUGGACGCGCAGCUGGAUCAAUUGACCGCCGAGCACAAGACAUAUAAACCCCGAGAUGAGGUUGAUCAGCGCGAAUGGAGUAAGUAUACCGGUCCGGAACGGUACGAAGGUGCGCCUAUUGCGUUGCAGUUGGUUGGAAAGCAUUUCAAGGAUGAGGAGACUCUGGCUGCUGGUGCGUUGGUCGAUGGGAUCUUGAAAGGAGGAGCAGAGCAGAGUACUACUACUAGAUCAAUGCUCUGA